UCAGACUGAUAGUGUAGGCAGGUGAUUCAAGGGGUUGUACAUACCUAUGGGCGCGAAUGAUGGUCAAAAAGACUUAAAGAGUGGGUGAAGUAUGCUAGAUGGUGAUGCGAGGUGAAUGGGUGAAGAAAGCGUGACUUUAACCACUUCCCAAAUGUAACAAAAGCGUACCUACCACAUUUAGUGCAAGGGAAAUCGUAAUUUUAGUUACGCCACUGUUACCUUCAUAUCGAACUAACUGUAAGCAUCUUUUAUGAAAGCACAGCGGGACAACCACCCAGAACGCUAUGGAAAUACGCUAAUUAAUAAAAUAAUUGCAUAAAUUUUAAAUUAAAUCAAUAACGGUUAAAGACGCGCGCGCCAAAAUCGAUAAACAAAAUGCACCAAUCAGCGUCCAGAAUUGCGUGACAUUGCGCUGUUGCACAAUUCAAUAAGAGCCAUAAGUAAUUGAAACAUUUUCCAUCAAUUAUCAGUUAUUUAAUGUGACCAGCCUUCAAGGCAAAUGUCUCUACUGCAGGAGAAUCUCCACAAUCUCACCCAGCAGUUAAUUCACCACGUUUCCGGCUUCCAGCUCGAGUCCGACGAGUUCAAAUGCAUCGAAAAGGCGACCUUUCGCAAAUUGCAGCACGUCGACACCUCCUUCCGACCGAAUCGCAAGGAGAUCGACCGCGUCGUGCGAAGCUUGUGCGACAAGUUCCGUUUCCACGGCUUCCCGAAGGAGGCCGGCGACCUGCAGCGUGGCUACGGCGCGCUCCUGUCCGGAACCGAGGACGAAAUCGCCCGUCGACUGAGCGUGGUCAAGCUGCUCGUCUCUCUCGCCGAGAGUCCCACUAAUAACGUGCAGAAGAGGGCGCGUGUCCAGAUUCGCAAGUACGACGAGGAGGUAGUCGACUGGCCCAGGUACUUACGCGAGGGGAUUCCCCGGUGGACGCCUCCGCCCGAUGUCGACAGUAGCGAGUCCGAUUCGGAUGUGGUGGACGAAAGUGUUAUUGACACGGUUGCCGGUCGACCGGUGGCAAACAUCAAUCACUUGCAGUUUGUCGAAUCAGAACCGAUCCCUCCUUUGACAUAUAAACUUAGCAGAACGAAGUUGGAAAAUAGUGUGCAGUCGUACUGGUUUAGUCGAGAGAAAUGUCAGUUUCAACCGCCCAGCGAUGACCGUGAGGCAAAUGUUACUCUGCUAUGGGACAGUUUCGUGCAGGACCUCACGAAGGGUUUGGUUCCGAUCGACAGCUCUACAAUGAUCUCGGAAUACAAAAUGCUAAGAGAGAUAAUCUGGCAGUUCUACAAGCCGCACCAAAGCGCUUGCUUCCAUUUUCUCAACGACAAGUUGACGGUAAAGUCGAACGUAACGAUCGCGAGCGUGCGUCACGCGGCGUGCGAGUCGUUACUGAACGAGUUCGUCGACUAUAUCGAGUGGGUACAGGAGCUGAGGGAGUUCUGCGACUCGCUCACCGAUGAGCAUUCCGAUACGUACCACAGCUACGCGGUCGGGGUGCAAACGAUACUCGACCCUAUCUUCGCGCGACUAAGGGAGAUAGAAGAUCGGAUCAAGUCGCAAGAGUCGACUUUCACGCUUUUAUCACUGGCGAACUGUCUGAGGCAGUGCUUUGAGACGGUGAAGCUUCUACUGGGCAUCCACAGGAACAUCACACUAACCAAUGGCUCGCCGACGCUCCACGCCACAACGCUACUCUCCCGUCUGUAUCGGGGGCUACGUUUCGCCUCCUCCAAGCUGGAGCAGGACAUUUAUUUAACGUUGUAUCUUCAUAGUUUGUAUAAGUACCUAACGAUCAUCAAUAAUUGGUUGGAGAGCGACAUUUUAAACGAUCGCAGAAAUGAGUUUCUUAUCUUCGAUGAAAACCCGAAGGAUGCUCGAUCGGUGGACUACUUUCAAGGCUCCAGCACACCUGGGCAAGGUCUUCGGUUUUCGGUACGCGAGGUCGUCGAGACAGACGACCCGAUCGUAAAACUGAUUUGCACCCACAUCCUGGAAUUGGGCAAGAAUUUCCAUCUGCUAAGGCUGAUGCAGCAGAGGCACCCCUCCGCUCAGCCGACGGAGCUUCACAAAGAUAGCUUCUACGAGAUGUUCAAGCGGAAGGUCUUGGAGAAGGUCGCGGUGUACUUCGACCGCGAGUUCGCGACGGUGACGCCGGACACGGCGGAGGAGGCCGAUCAGCCCAGCUUUAUAUUUCCGGUCGGUUGUCCCGACGAGUGUAAGUAUCCUACCGAAAUGGACAAACUGGAAAACCUGGUGGACACCGGGGACGGCUUCUUGAUCAAGGCGUUCGCGGCGUACUUCGUAAAAAGGCCGCAGGAGGUGACGGUUUGCGAGCCCAGCCUGUUCGAGAAAGUUCAAGAUCUGACCCAAGGCUUGUUCCCCGCGCAGAACAUCCUACCGGGCGCCUUCAUGGAAAUUCUGGACGAGCGCUACAGCAAGUUGGGAGUUAUGGUCAAAAACGCCUUGGUCAACGACUGCGAACUGGAGAGGCACUUCCUCUUAUUGCAGAACGUUUUCCUCUUCAAAGACGACAUGAUCUUCUCAUUCUACCACUUCUUCUUCCACGUUCUGGACUCGAACCGCUCGUGGAGCGUACAGACCUCGCUAACCUCCCACUUGCAAGACACCAUCGCGGACGCCUACCCCAAACUGUACAACAAAGCCACCGUCGAUCUCAAGGAAAAUUGGCAGUUGAGCGCCGAUCCCGUAGUGGUCUGCCAAAAGAUCAACAUCCAAUACAAAAUCGAGUGGCCGAUCAACAUCAUCAUACGCGACGAAGACGUCCAAAUGUACAGCUAUCUCUUUCAGUUCAUCCUGAAGAUCAAGUGGGCGUUGUACACACUGAACAACUUAUCUUUCACCGAGUUACAGCCAAAGAAAUCCACCGCGCCUCUUGCAAGGUCAACGAAAAAACUGGUGAUCCUACGUUUCGGAUUAGUGAACAUCUUCAGCAACAUCCAACACUACAUUCUCGGGCACGUCUUCUCCGAGCUCUCGUUGAAGUUCAAGAGGUCGUUCGAGAACGCGUACGGUUUGGAGAGCGUGACCAGAGCGCACGCGGAUUUCAUACGUAGCCUGCACAGGGUGUGCCACGAGUUCCAGGAGCGAGAAAGGGACGGAUACGGAUUCUGUCUGUUGCUGCUCCUAGUGAAGAAGCUGGCUACGAUGUGGAGGACUAUCGGCAACGUCGCCGCGAGUGAGGUGGAUCUGUGCGAGAAGACUUACUGGAAGUGCCAUUCGAAAAUGGAACCGAUUAUCAAUCCUACCGGAUUUUGUCUGUGAUUGUUUGCCAUAUGUAUUAAGUUGUAAUAUUUAUACUAAUUAAAGAGUUCUUUAUA